UACACGCAUUUAACAGAUCCAAGAUGGUGUAGUAGGAAUGCUAUUUUCUCUUGACAUUUACUCACAUGGUAUACAUUGCAGAGAAAUGAAGUUGACGGAUAUAUUUCUCGAGUAAACAUGGGGUGUGUCUAUCUGAUCAUGUUGUCUAACGUGAUAUAGUAAGAAACGUAACAUUCUCAAGUUAAUCAAUUUACAUAGUGAUUUUUCACUUUAAGUGAUAUUCUGAUUUUUGUAAAUUGUUCAUAUUUACUGCCUUGUGUGCUGCAAAAUGUGUUCCAACGCUACAGUUUUGUUUCAAACUCCCAGUAGUUAUUGUGUGACCUUGCAGGAUGUACUGACAAACACAGUCCUGGUCUUGCUUGGACUUGUCAUAAUCUCCCUAAAUUCCUGGAUCCUUUGGGUAUUGUUUAUCAACAGAGGGAGGAUGGAUCAAAUCAAUCAGUUCAUAGUGAACCUGGCUACCUGUGAUCUGUUGAUCGGUGUUUUCGUAAUGUACGAUGUGUUCUACAAUAUGUUUCAAUUCAAAAUAUUUGUAGAGUGUAUGCUUCGGGAAGGGUUCUUCAUUUCGGUGAAUUUAGCGUCCGUCUGGACGCUUGCCUCGUUGACAUGCGACCGGUACCUUAAGAUACAACACCCGUUUACCUACAUAAAAAGGUUCUCAAAGAAGAGAGUUCAAGUCAUACUUGCAGUACUGUGGAUUAUGGCGUUUGGAAUCGGAACGUGUCCCUUUUUCGGUUGGAAUACGGAAGACAUUUGGCAAAUCUGCAAUUUUUUCGGCACUAUGGAAAAAAGCUAUAUUACAUUUAUAAUGGUUUUGUUUGCGGUGCCAUUUUUGAUAAUGAUUUGCGCAUACAUACGAAUUGCAAAAACAGCUUUCGUGCAUUUGAAAGCAAUACAAAAGAUGGAAUGUCAUUCCAGAGACGUUCCAUUUUGUCUGCAUUCGUGGAAAGCUGCUAAAAUGGCUAUACUCAUUGUUGGCGCCUAUCUGAUCUGUUGGAGUCCAGUCGGAUUCUUCAUUGCAAUCGUAUACACAACCGACAUUGAAUUAAGUUUAAGUCCUCUUAUGUCCGAAAAUGUCAUCUUUACAUACCUCCUCGGUAUUGGAAUUUUCAACAGUAUUUUAAAUCCUUUGAUUUACGCAUCUAAUCUGGAUAUGGUACGAAAAAGUGCUAAAAACUGUUGGCUGGUGACUUGUUGCAGAAAACUCCUCACGACAACAUCCACACCAGUUCGUCCUGUCACUCUGCGGAGUGACGUGUCACAGGAAACAGAUAACACUCGCGUCUCUGAUUGUGUAUGAUGACCUUACUCCAAAGUACAAAGGAAUGCACUAGCAACGCGCUCCAAAAAGAAUAUGUUUGUUGCCAACUGCGUUCAUACUACCGUAUACGCCGUCAAAAUGAAGGUCAAUAUUUAUAUUUACAUUCGGGUUGCCACGGUGGUAACUACGGUAUCCGUGGGUGAUAGGAUAAUAUAGUUCAUGUGAAUCUACAUCGAUAUAUGAGUAAAUUUAGAAAAUUCGCAGUGAACAACAGUAUUUUGUUCCUUUUAUGGCUUUUAAAUUUUAAAUCAAACAAUGUGAGAAUCCCUUCGAACUUUUCUAUUCAUUUACAACGGUCAUAAUGUACGCGUAUUGACACACUGCUUAUGGAGUGACGCAGUCAGAACGAAGCCGCCAUUGAAGACGUUAUCGCCAAAGAAAUUUGAAUGUGCAUCCAUGAAAAAAGAAGUUUGUCAGCAUUCUUUUGUUGUAUAAAUUUACAUUGUGGAUCCCGAAUAUGUUCUUUGUAUCUAGAUGGUGAAUGAACCAAGCAUUGGUUGUCAUUGGACUGUUAUCUCGCUGAAGCGUGAACGGCGCCAUAUUUGAAACAAGUAUCAAUCCACCGAGCCUGUAUUACUGCGUAUAUGCUAAUUUAUACGCAGUCAGAGUUUACUAAGCUGAAGAAGAGAGACAUGUAAAUAUUCUCAUUUGUUCAUUUUAACGAAACGCUGAAAAUCUUGAAUCGUGGUUAGGUUAGUUGUUUAUAAAAAUGUAACCAACGUGAGGCUAUUAAAACAAUGUAAUAGCAUUGGAAAAUCGAGUAUUUGAUUGAUGUAGCAUAUAUUCAAUUUUGAUGGAUUGUGAUGGGGAAAAUAUUCUUUCAAGUUUAUGCUUAAAAUUUAAAAAAAAGGACUUACGCACGGAUAACUAAUUGCUGUACAUAUUUUAUUGCAUAGAAGGAUCGUUGUUCACACUUGAUUCCAUGGAAGGAUAAUUGGUUAACACUCACACAUAACUGUGCGAGCGAAAAUAACUAUCAUUAUCAAGACAUAGUGCUAAUAAAACCAACCUAAGUUUAGAGAACAAAUAACAGAAACUAUAAAUAUAUUUGUGUAUGUAAACUGACGAUUUACAUUAUUCUAACAUAACCAAUAUACACUAUUCUAAUAGUAUGUAUACCAACUGUAUAUGCGAGUAUUUUUAUAAUUAUGGCGUAUUCACGUAUUUCUAUAUUAACAAUUUAAGACAAAUAUUGUGAGGCAUAAAACAAAAAUAAGCAGCAACAACAGCAAAAGAGAGGUAAUAUAACGGCAAUGUAGAGCAAAUAUAACGGCAAUGUAGAGUAAAUAUAACGGCAAUGUAGAGCAAAUAUAACGGCAAUGUAGAGCAAAUAUAACGGCCAUGUAGAGCAAAUAUAACGGCAAUGUAGAGCAAAUAUAACGGCAAUGAAGAGCAAAUACAACGGCAAUGUGGAGCAAACAAAAUGGCAAUGUAGAGCAAUUAAGGACAAUGUAGAGCAAAUAUAACUUCAGAUGUACAUAUUUUCCUCGAGGUAAACAAGACUGAAAACGCAUAUUUAUAUACAUGUAGAUGGUCAAUUGUUAGUAACUUCAUUUCGGCAGGUGAUACUUUGUAUAGCGCCUUUUUAGUCAAGAAUAUUUUUGUUCAUUUUUGUUGGAGGAAUGAACAUUUGGUAUACAACUUAUUUAACCUGGGAUCGAAUAUAGUAAGAUUAAACAUGUAAUUUGGGCAGUUUCACAAGGAAAUAUAGAUUCUUCUGUGCCCUUUUCAAAUAUUUAAAAAUGUUAAAACUUUUGUUAUGAACUGGUGAGAUAUUAAAAUUAAUAUUUAAACAUGCCAAAAGCGAAUAUAAAGUAUAUCCCUUUACCGUAUCAAAUUACACAUUCAACCAAACGGAAUGAUAUUCCAAUUGCUAUGAUAAAAUUACAAUUGACAUUAAAGCUAUUAUUACAUAUUAGACAAAAAGGAUCAAGAUAAGUAAUGAAUACAUAUAAGCCCAUGUCAUAACUAAUAGCAAAAGUGGCGUUGUCUAAAAUAUCCGGUUCAUACGUUAUUUGUCUCUUAAGUGAUUUCUCUAUGAAUUGUCAACGCUAUUUGGCUAACCAUAGCCAAGUUCAGAAACCAAUACACCCUGAUAAAGACUAAACUUAACAU